GGAAAGCCCCCCAUGGCUGCAGAGCUGCCCCCAAAGCAAAAUUAGAGACAAAACCAGUCUGCAGCCCCAGCCUGGUCCAGAUCACCCAGUUCCGAAUGAUGGUGUCGCUGGGACAUUUAGCCAAAGGAGCCAGCCUCGACGAGCUCAUCGAUAGCUGCAUUCAGUCUUUCGAUGCAGAUGGAAACUUGUGUCGAAGUAACCAACUGCUACAGGUUGUGCUGACAAUGCAUCGGAUCAUCGUGUCUUCCACGGAGCUGCUCCAAAGAGUGAUUGCCCUCUAUAAAGAUGCCGUGGCAAAGAAUUCUCCAGGGUUUUGCCUGAAGAUCUGCUACUUUGUAAGGUAUUGGAUAACAGAGUUUUGGAUCAUGUUUAAGAUGGAUGCCAGCCUGACCCACACCAUGGAGGAGUUUCAGGACCUGGUAAAAGCCCAUGGGGAGGAGUUGCACUGCCGGCUCAUCGACACCAGUCAGAUCAAUUCCCGUGACUGGUCCAGGAAAUUGACUCAGAGGAUAAAAUCAAAUACCAGCAAGAAGCGGAAAGUCUCUCUGCUCUUUGACCAUCUGGAGCCAGAAGAACUCUCAGAGCACCUCACCUACCUCGAAUUCAAGUCCUUCCGAAGGAUAUCGUUCUCCGAUUACCAGAACUACCUGGUGAAUAGCUGUGUGAAAGAGAACCCCACGAUGGAGCGGUCCAUCGCCCUGUGCAACGGCAUUUCUCAGUGGGUGCAGCUGAUGGUCCUCAGCCGCCCCACCCCGCAGCUUCGAGCAGAAGUCUUCAUCAAGUUCAUUCAGGUGGCGCAGAAGCUCCACCAGCUCCAGAACUUCAACACCCUGAUGGCGGUGAUCGGUGGGCUCUGCCACAGCUCCAUCUCCAGGCUCAAGGAGACAAGCGCACAUGUCCCACAUGAGAUCAAUAAGGUUUUGGGCGAGAUGACUGAGCUGCUGUCCUCCUGUAGAAACUAUGACAACUACCGGCGAGCCUACGGGGAGUGCACCCACUUCAAGAUCCCGAUCCUUGGGGUGCACCUCAAGGACCUCAUCUCCCUGUACGAAGCCAUGCCCGACUAUCUGGAGGAUGGGAAGGUGAACGUGCACAAGCUGCUGGCCCUGUACAACCACAUCAAUGAGCUGGUGCAGCUGCAGGAGGUGGCCCCGCCCCUGGAAGCCAACAAGGACCUCGUGCACCUGCUAACGCUCUCCCUGGAUCUCUACUACACGGAAGAUGAAAUCUAUGAGCUCUCCUAUGCCCGGGAGCCGAGAAACCACAGAGCUCCACCACUAACACCUUCAAAGCCGCCAGUGGUGGUGGACUGGGCCUCCGGAGUGUCCCCCAAACCUGACCCGAAGACCAUAAGCAAACACGUUCAGAGGAUGGUGGAUUCUGUCUUUAAGAACUAUGAUCACGACCAGGAUGGAUACAUUUCUCAAGAGGAGUUUGAAAAGAUUGCUGCAAGUUUCCCAUUUUCCUUCUGUGUGAUGGACAAAGACAGGGAAGGCCUCAUCAGCAGAGAAGAGAUCACGGCUUACUUCAUGCGGGCCAGCUCCAUCUACUCAAAGCUGGGCCUGGGCUUUCCUCAUAACUUCCAAGAGACCACCUACCUGAAGCCCACUUUCUGCGACAACUGUGCUGGAUUUCUCUGGGGAGUCAUCAAACAAGGAUUUCGAUGUAAAGAUUGUGGGAUGAACUGCCACAAACAGUGCAAAGAUCUGGUUGUGUUCGAGUGCAAGAAGAGAUCCAAGAAUGCAGCAGCUCUCACAGAAUACAGCAACGCGGUGGGGCCAAACCUCUGCUCAUUGGGAGCAAAGGAUCUGCUCCAUGCGCCUGAGGAAGGACAUUUUCCAUUCCACAAUGGGCAAGUCAUGGAACACAGUGAGGAAAGUAAAGACCGGACAAUCAUGCUCAUGGGUGUGUCCUCACAGAAGAUUUCUGUGCGGCUAAAGAGGACUGUUGCCCACAAGGCUACGCAGACAGAAUCGCUGCCCUGGCUCGGAAGUGAGGGUCCUAUUGGCCCUUCUGUGCCAUCAUCCCCAAGAAAAACAGCCCAGGAUAUGCUUUCUGUGCUUCCUGGUCCCCCAUCUCCAUGCCCCAGCCCAGUAUUAAUCAGAAAGCGGGCUUUUGUCAAGUGGGAAAACAAAGAAUCCCUUAUAAAGUCAAAGGAGGAGCUCCGUCACCUCAGACUCCCAACUUACCAAGAGCUGGAACAGGAAGUAAAUACUCUGAAAGCAGAUAAUGAUGUCUUAAAGACCCAACUGAAGUGUGCACAGAAGAAAAUAGAAAGCCUUAAGCUUUCAAGGAGCAAUCACAUCUUAGUGCAGAUGGAGCAGAGGGACUGUUCUUAGCCCAGAAGCUGAAGGAGAGAACAGAUUAACACAGAUCCUGGGAACCACACAACCGUAGACUUUAAAGGGGGGAUUCAAAACUCAGUUAACCUCUUUUUUGACCUAACAUUCUUAACGUGCAGUGUUGUUUUCUUUUAGUCAGUUGUACCACAGGGAAGGAAAGCUGAAUUACAAAAGCUUUGACAAUCAUACCACAAACCUCUUUGCAAGGAUUAAUACCAAAAGCAUGCAAAGCAAAACAUGUGAUUCUAAUGACAAGAUGGCUU